AUGACACUAGGCACCCCAACGUUUAGGGUGACGUCUCAAAUCUAUCCCACCAUCAAUAUUCAAUCCAUUUUGGAUGGAAAAUCUGAUGUGGCUCGUAAUGGCGAAGUUGAUAAUGAUAUAAUCAAGGACUUCCUCCUGCUUCCACAAGGACGGUCGACCGACAUCAUCCCACCCUCAACCGCCGACCCCGCCACGGGCGUCUCCUCUAAGGAUGUCACCAUCUCCACCGAUCCCAAUGUGACUGCCUGCCUCUUUCUCCCCAAACUGCCUGUCGACGACCGUCACCAGAAGCUUCCCCUCCUCUUCCACUUCCACAGCGGCAGCUUCUGCGUCGCUUCCCCGUUCACAGGUCGCUAGUACCGCUAUAUCCAGGCCCUCGUGGCUGAGGCGGCCAAGGUCGUCGCGGUCUCGGUGAAUUAUCGGAAGGCUCCUGAGAACCCAAUCCCCGUGGCAUAUGAGGACUCGUGGGCUACACUCCACUGGGCCUUCUCCCACUCUGGCGGGACUGGGCCCGACAACUGGUUGAAUCGGUAUGCCAACUUUGGGAGGAUGUUCCUCGCCGGAGAGAGCGCAGGCCGGAAUAUAGUCCAUAACUUGGCUAUGGCCGCUGGCAAUUCCGACUUCGGGGGCUCAAUUAAAUUCCUUGGGGCCGCAUUAAUCCAUCCCUACAUUUGGGGUGUCAAGUCGAUCGGGUCAGAGGCAGUGGACCCGGAGCGAAAGGCCUCAGUGGACCGGCUAUGGCCAUUCAUAUGCCCCACCAACCCAGACAAUGAUGAUCCAUGCGUCAAUCCAGUGGUAGAAGGGGCACCGAGCUUGGCAGGGCUCGGGUGCGGGAGGGUUCUGGUGUGCGUGGCCGAGAAGGACGUGUUGAAGGACCGAGGGUGGAUGUACUAUGAGGCGGUGGCACGGAGCGGGUGGCCUGGCAUGGCGGAGAUCAUGGAGACGGAAGGAGAGGGUCACGUGUUCCAUUUAAAUGCCUUAGAGAGCCAAAAGGCCAAGGAUCUGAUCCAACUGCUAGCAGAUUUCCUCAACAGGGACAUGCCCCCAUGGUUUUCAUAAAUUUAAAUUCUCUUUUUAAAAAAAAUAAAAAAUAAAAAUUCGAGUGAUGUAAUCUUAUUUUCUGGAAUUUAUGUCAGAAUAAGAGAUUCAUUAUAUGGUAAAUUUCCCUGUAAUGAUCUACGCAGACGUGCAUUGUGUUCUUUAUAUUUGCCAGUUUACACGGAUUACUACAUCUCUCGCGACUCUUUUGUUGCAAA